GACCAAAGUGGUGCUGACCCCAUGAUGGGGGCCAGCAAUGCCCUGCCAGGACCUAAAGUGGGCUCAGACCCCAUGACAGGGUCUGUUGUGUCCCUGCCAGGACCCAAAGUGGUGCUGACCCUGUUAUGUGGGGUGAUGGGGGGCUGUGGUGCCCUGCCAGGACCCAAGCGCGCCCCGGCUCCCGCGCAUGUCCGAUGGGGCCGGGGGGGGCUGCGUUUGGGGGGUGAAAAAGGGGGGAAAACACCCCAAAAUGGCAGGAUCGGGCCGCAGGGGCUCGGCCCCGUCCCCGCCAGCGCCCGCGUGUCCCCGGCAGCACCCCCAGAUGGUGACGAGGAGCUGCUGCGGGGCCUCGAGGGGGCCCUGGGGGUGAAGAAGAAGAAAAGGGGCCCCCGGAAACAGAAGGAAAACAAACCCGGGAAACCCCGGAAACGGAAAAAACUGGUGAGCGAGGAUGAGCUGGAGUCCGAGAGGGACGAGUACCAGCGCGAGGAGUACCGGGAGAAGUCGGAGAGCGGCGGCAGCGACUCGGGCGGGGCGGCGCGCAAGCGGCGGCGGAAGCACCGCGAGAAGAAGGAGAAGAAAACCAAGAGGAGGAAAAAGGCCGACGAUGAGGGGGGGCAGAAGGUCAAGGCGGUGGAGCAGAAAUCCUCGGCGCAGCUCCUGGGGGCCUGGGGGCUGGAGGACGUUGACCACGUGUUCACCGAGGAGGAUUAUCACACCCUCACCAACUACAAGGCCUUCAGCCAGUUCAUGAGGCCCCUGAUAGCCAAGAAGAACCCCAAGAUCCCCAUGUCCAAGAUGAUGACCAUCCUGGGCGCCAAGUGGAGGGAGUUCAGCGCCAACAACCCCUUCAAGGGCUCGGCCGCCGCCGUGGCCGCGGCUGCAGCGGCUGCAGCGGCCGCCGUGGCCGAGCAGGUGUCGGCAGCCGUGGCCAGCGUGGGCCCCGAGGCGCCGCCGGCACAGCCGCAGGGACCGGGACAGGGACAGGGACAGGGACAGGGACAGGGACAGCCCCUGCGCAAGGCCAAGACCAAGGAGGGAAAAGGCCCCGGGCACAAGAAGCGCAGCAAGAGCCCUCGGGUGCCCGAGCUGAAGAGGAAGAUGAAGGGCAGGAAGAUGGCACCGCUCAAGAUCAAACUGGGAGUGCUGGGGGGGAAACGCAAGAAGAGCAGCUCGAGCGAGGACGCGGGCGAGGCCGAGGAGGACUCUGACGCCGAGAGCCCCGGGGUGCUGGGGGCCGCCCCCCGCCCCGACCCCGCCACGCGCCUCAAGAAGCUCAAACGGGGCCGCCCCGGCCGCAAGAAGAAGAAGGGGCCGGGCCCCGAGGAGGAGGGCGACGGCUACGAGACCGACCACCAGGAUUACUGCGAGGUGUGCCAGCAGGGCGGGGAGAUCAUCCUGUGCGACACCUGCCCGCGCGCCUACCACCUGGUGUGCCUGGACCCCGAGCUGGACCGGGCCCCCGAGGGCCGCUGGAGCUGCCCCCACUGCGAGAAGGAGGGCGUGCAGUGGGAGGCCAAGGAGGAGGAGGAGGAGGAGGAAGAGGAGGAGGAGGAGGGCGAGAAGGAGGAGGAGGACGAUCACAUGGAGUACUGCCGCGUGUGCAAGGACGGCGGCGAGCUGCUGUGCUGCGACGCCUGCGUGUCCUCGUACCACAUCCACUGCCUGAACCCGCCGCUGCCCGAGGUCCCCAACGGCGAGUGGCUCUGUCCCCGCUGCACGUGCCCGGUGCUCAAGGGCCGUGUACAGAAGAUCCUCUACUGGCGCUGGGGGGAGCCCCCCGCCCCCGUGGCGCCCCCAGGAGCCCCCCAGGCCCAGGAGGGGCCCCCCCAGGCCCUGCAGGGCCGCUCGGAGCGAGAGUUCUUCGUCAAGUGGGUGGGGCUGUCCUACUGGCACUGCUCCUGGAUCAAGGAGCUGCAGCUGGAGAUCUUCCACCUGGUGAUGUACCGCAACUACCAGCGCAAGAACGACAUGGACGAGCCCCCCCCGCUGGACUACGGCUCCGGGGACGACGACCCCAAGAGCGAGAAGCGGGGGGCAGGGGGGGACCCCCUCUUUGGGGGCAUGGAGGAGCGAUUCUACCGCUACGGCAUCAAGCCCGAGUGGAUGACGGUGCACCGCAUCAUCAACCACAGCGUGGACCGCAAGGGGCAGUACCACUACCUGGUGAAGUGGCGGGACCUGCCCUACGACCAGGCCACCUGGGAGGAGGACGAGAUGCCCAUCCCCGACUACGACCUGCACAAGCUGGCAUACUGGAAACACCGGGAGGUGUUCAUGGGUGAGGACCCGGCCCAGCCGCGCCGUUACAAGAAGAAGAAGAAGGAGACGCCGGGGGAGGGACCCCCCGACUCGCCCACCAACGACCCCACGGUCAAGUACGAGACGCAGCCGCGCUUCAUCACGGCCACGGGCGGCACGCUGCACCUGUACCAGCUGGAGGGGCUCAACUGGCUGCGCUUCUCGUGGGCGCAGAGCACCGACACCAUCCUGGCCGACGAGAUGGGGCUGGGCAAGACCAUCCAGACCAUCGUCUUCCUCUACUCGCUCUACAAGGAGGGCCACACCAAGGGCCCGUUCCUCGUCAGUGCCCCGCUCUCCACCAUCAUCAACUGGGAGCGCGAGUUCCAGAUGUGGGCCCCGGCGUUCUACGUCGUCACCUACACGGGGGACAAGGACAGCAGGGCCAUCAUCCGCGAGAACGAGUUCUCCUUCGACGACAACGCCAUGAAGGGCGGCAAGAAGGCCUUCAAGAUGAAGCGCGAGGCCCAGGUGAAGUUCCACGUCCUGCUCACGUCCUACGAGCUGAUCACCAUCGACCAGGCGGCGCUGGGCUCCAUCCGCUGGGCCUGCCUGGUGGUGGACGAGGCCCACCGGCUCAAGAACAACCAGUCCAAGUUUUUCCGGGUGCUGAACGGGUACAAGAUCGAGCACAAGCUGCUGCUGACGGGGACCCCGCUGCAGAACAACCUGGAGGAGCUGUUCCACCUGCUCAACUUCCUGACCCCCGAGCGCUUCAAUAACCUGGAGGGGUUCCUGGAGGAGUUUGCCGACAUCUCCAAGGAGGACCAGAUCAAGAAGCUGCACGACCUGCUGGGCCCCCACAUGCUGCGGCGCCUCAAGGCCGACGUCUUCAAGAACAUGCCGGCCAAGACGGAGCUGAUCGUGCGCGUGGAGCUCAGCCCCAUGCAGAAGAAGUACUACAAGUACAUCCUGACGAGGAACUUCGAGGCGCUCAACUCGCGCGGCGGCGGCAACCAGGUGUCGCUGCUCAACAUCAUGAUGGACCUCAAGAAGUGCUGCAACCACCCCUACCUGUUCCCCGUGGCCGCCAUGGAGUCCCCGAAGCUGCCGAGCGGCGCCUACGAGGGCGGGGCGCUGAUCAAGGCCUCGGGGAAGCUGCUGCUGCUGCAGAAGAUGCUGCGCAAGCUGAAGGAGCAGAACCACCGCGUGCUCAUCUUCUCACAGAUGACCAAGAUGCUGGACCUGCUGGAGGAUUUCCUGGACUACGAGGGCUACAAGUACGAGCGCAUCGACGGCGGCAUCACCGGGGCCCUGCGGCAGGAGGCCAUCGACCGCUUCAACGCGCCGGGGGCGCAGCAGUUCUGUUUCCUGCUGUCGACGCGGGCCGGGGGCCUCGGCAUCAACCUGGCGACGGCCGACACGGUGGUGAUCUUCGACUCGGACUGGAACCCCCACAACGACAUCCAGGCGUUCAGCCGCGCGCACCGCAUCGGCCAGGCCAACAAGGUGAUGAUUUACCGCUUCGUGACGCGGGCCUCGGUGGAGGAGCGGAUCACGCAGGUGGCCAAGCGCAAGAUGAUGCUGACGCACCUGGUGGUGCGCCCUGGGCUGGGCUCCAAGGCCGGCUCCAUGUCCAAGCAGGAGCUCGACGACAUCCUCAAGUUCGGCACCGAGGAGCUCUUCAAGGACGAGAACGAGGGGGACAACAAGGAGGAGGACAGCAGCGUCAUCCACUACGACAACGAGGCCAUCGCACGGCUGCUGGACCGCAACCAGGACGCCACCGACGACGCCGACGUGCAGAACAUGAACGAGUACCUGAGCUCCUUCAAGGUGGCCCAGUACGUCGUCAGGGAGGAGGACAAGAUCGAGGAGAUCGAGCGGGAGAUCAUCAAGCAGGAGGAGAACGUGGACCCCGACUAUUGGGAGAAGCUGCUGAGGCACCACUACGAGCAGCAGCAGGAGGACCUGGCCCGCAACCUGGGCAAGGGCAAGCGCGUGCGCAAGCAGGUCAACUACAACGACGCCGCCCAGGAGGACCAAGAUAACCAGUCCGAGUACUCGGUGGGCUCCGAGGAGGAGGACGAGGACUUUGACGAGCGGCCCGAGGGCCGGCGUCAGUCCAAGCGGCAGCUGCGGAACGAGAAGGACAAACCCCUCCCCCCACUGCUGGCCCGCGUGGGCGGCAACAUCGAGGUGCUGGGGUUCAACACGAGGCAGCGCAAGGCUUUCCUCAACGCCGUCAUGCGCUGGGGGAUGCCGCCCCAGGACGCCUUCACGUCCCAGUGGCUCGUGAGGGACCUGCGGGGCAAAACCGAGAAGGAGUUCAAGGCCUACGUGUCCCUGUUCAUGCGCCACCUGUGCGAGCCGGGCGCCGACGGCUCCGAGACGUUCGCGGACGGCGUCCCCAGGGAGGGGCUGAGCCGGCAGCAGGUGCUGACCCGCAUCGGAGUCAUGUCCCUCGUCAAGAAAAAGGUGCAGGAGUUCGAGCACAUCAACGGGCGCUGGUCCCUGCCCGAGCUGGCCCCCGAGCCCAGCGCCGACUCCAAGCGCUCGUCCCGCGCCUCCUCCCCCGCCAAGACCGGCCCCCCCAGCCCCGAGCAGAGCGGCCCCCCCAGCCCCGCGCCCCCCACGCCCGCCACGCCGGCGCCCAGCGAGCGCGGGGACGGGCCAGGGCCACCCCCGGACAGGGACGAGGGUGACACCAGGGACGAGAAGGAACCCAAAGGCCCCGAGAAGAUGGAGACAGAUCCCCCUGUCCCUGAGGUGCCACCGUCACCGGGCGAUGGCAGCGAGGCCGAAGGGCCCCGCAAGGGGGAGGAGGAGGAGGGACCCGGCCACAGGGACCCCGAGGCCGAAGGGCCCCCGGCCCGCGAGGAGCGGCCAGGCGCCGAUGCCGAGAAGGCUCCGGGGCUGGACAAGGGCGACGAGAAGGCCCCGGAGGAGGAGCCCAAGGAGCGCCCGGGGGACCCCGACCCCAAAAGAGAGGAGCCCAAGGCGGAGCGGGAGCCGCGGGCGGAGGCGCGGCCCAACGGGCGCCGCGAGGACAAGGCCGAGAAGCCGCGGUUCAUGUUCAACAUCGCCGACGGCGGCUUCACGGAGCUGCACACGCUGUGGCAGAACGAGGAGCGCGCCGCCAUCUCCUCGGGCAAGCUCAACGAGAUCUGGCACCGGCGCCACGACUACUGGCUGCUGGCUGGCAUCGUCCUCCACGGCUACGCGCGCUGGACCGACAUCCAGAACGACGGCGCCUUCGGGGUCAUCAACGAACCCUUCAAGGGCGAGGCCUCCAAGGGGAACUUCCUGGAGAUGAAGAACAAGUUCCUGGCGCGCCGCUUCAAGCUGCUGGAGCAGGCGCUGGUGAUCGAGGAGCAGCUGCGCCGCGCCGCCUACCUGAACAUGACGCAGGACCCCAGCCACCCCGCCAUGGCGCUCAACACGCGCUUCGCCGAGGUCGAGUGCCUGGCCGAGAGCCACCAGCACUUGUCCAAGGAGUCGCUGGCGGGCAACAAGCCGGCCAACGCCGUGCUGCACAAGGUGCUGAACCAGCUGGAGGAGCUGCUGAGCGACAUGAAGGCGGACGUGACGCGCCUGCCGGCCACGCUGUCCCGCAUCCCCCCCAUCGCCGCGCGCCUGCAGAUGAGCGAGCGCAGCAUCCUCAGCCGCCUGGCCAGCAAGGGCACCGAGAGCCACCCCCCGCCCAGCUUCCCGCCGGGUCCCUACGCCACCCCCCCGAGCUACGGGGGCACCUUCGGGACACCCCCGGCCGGAGCCCUCCCCCACCCCGGGGGCGCCAACUACAGCCAGAUGCCACCAGGGUCCUUCAUCUCCGCCUCGAACGGCCCCGCGGUGCUGGUGAAGCGCGAGGCGGAGGCGCUGGAGCAGCAGCAGCGCAAGGAGCCGCGGGGGGGGGAGGUGAUCUGCAUCGACGACUGAGGGGGGGCGGG